AAAUUUGUAUGUCUUCAAGUUUACCAUUCUUUUCCUUUAGUGUCUUCAGGUUUAUUGUGAUACUUUAGACCAUAAAAACAUUCAUCGACUCCCCAGUACAUUUUUUUUUCUUUUUUAGAUUUUAAUAUUUGAUCCAUCUGGAUUUUAUUUUGGUGUUAAACAGUAAGGGAGGGAUCCAACUUCCAUUUUUCCAAGUGGCCGGCCAGUCGUCCUUAACGCCAUUCGAUUGAGAAAGACUGAAAACCCUUUCCAGGGGUUUGUCGCGGUCGUUCCACCAGCACGCUCACUCGCGCAUCUGCCCGGGCCCGCUAUCCAGGAGCCUGGCGCCGCCAGGUUUCCGGUGCCCAUCGGUCCAGCCCGACCCAGUCGGAGGGGGCGAAUAGCAGGGGCGAACAGCAGGGGCUGGGGCGGAUACUCCUAUCCUGCUGAGAACGGAUCCCUCUCCUACCCGCCAAGGACCCACCACUAACAUCUCCCUCCCCCCACGCGCCGAGGACGGAUCCCCGGAUACCCCCACCUCGAUCUCCCCUCUUAGCCUCCGAGGACGACUUCCCUAACCUCCGCCUCCUCCCUUCCAACUUCUGCGCGCACCCCUUCUACCCGACCCCCCUACCCUCCAACCCAGUCUCUCCUCCCGGGUGGUCCCAAGGAUGGGACGGGACUUUCCGCGAGUGUAAUUUAAAUAAAAGGCGUGUGCUCUGGCUGUAUUUGCAUAGAGGCGGGGCCUCUGGCGCUGAGAGGCCGGAACACCCAAUCAGGUGGAACCCCGGGACCUCUACCUCGCUCCAAACGACCCUGGGGGCGAAAUCCGCCCAGAGACUUAAUUUGCAUGGGGCGGGGCCUGCCUCCUUGAGUGGCCGGGCGCCACUUCCCCUUCCAGUCGGCUUCCGCCCGCUGGCUUCCUCCCGCUGGCUUCCGCCCGCUGGCUUCCGGCAGCCGUGCGGCUUCCGCUCGCCUUCCUUCCGGCUUCUGUCCAGCUUCUCUCUGCUUUCGCCAGGCGCCACCCGCGGACAGGGGACGAAUGCUACCAAAACGGCGGCGAGCGGGGGUCGGGACCCCGGACACCGCCCCUUCCUCCGCGGCACGCUUCCCUGGGGUCACUGUCUGCCUGGCUGAGCCACGCAUGGUCCGCAACCGCCGGGCCUUCCUCACACGCCUGGCUCUCUCCAAGGGCUUCCGCGUCUUGGACGCCUACAGCUCAGAGGUGACACACGUCAUGAUGGAGGGGAUCUCAGCAGAGGAGACCGUCUGCCAGCAGGAGCGCAGGACGGCGGCCCUUCACCCAGGAUGCACCCGCCCAGUGCUCUUAGACGUAAGCUGGUUCACGGAGAGCAUGGCGGCUGGGCAGCCAGUCCCUGUGGAGUGCCGGCACUGCCUGGAGGUGGCUGUGUGCGGGAAGGGGCCGCCACGCCCAGCAUGGAGGCUGCCCUGUGCCUGCCAGCGGCCCACACCCCUCACGCACCACCACGCCGGCCUCUCGUAGGCUCUGGAGACGCUAGCGGAGGCCGCGGGCUUCGCCGGCAGUGAGUGCCGCCAACUCUCCUUGUGCAGAGCAGCCUCAGCGCUCAAGGCCCUUCCCAGCCCGGUCACAGCCCUGAGCCAGCUGCGUGGCCUGGCCCACUUUGGAGAACGCUCGUUCAGGGUCGUCCAGGAGCUGCUGGAACGCGGAGUGUGUGAGGAGGUGGAGAGAGUUCGGCUCUCGGAGAGGUACCAGGCCAUGAAGCUCUUCACUCAGAUCUUUGGGGUCGGGCUAAGGACCGCUGACCGGUGGUACCAGGAGGGGCUGCGGACGCUGGACGACCUCCGAGAGCAGCCCCAGAGCAGAGAGCAGGUCAGGAGAGCUGUGCUGCCCACAGGACUCCAGCACCACCAGGACCCGAGCACCCGGAUCCUGCGGUCAGAUGUGGAGACCCUGCAGCAGGCGGUGGAGGCAGCCGUGGGGCAGGCCCUUCCUGGGGCCAUGGUCGCGCUGACCGGCGGCUUCCGGAGGUCAGGGGGCUCCACACGCCCUCCGGCUCAGCUCCAGGGCCACGACGUGGACUUCCUCAUCACCCACCCCCAGGAGGGCCGGGAGGCAGGGCUGCUGCCCAGAGUGAUGUGCUGCCUGAAGAAGUAGGACCUUGUCCUGUACCGCCAGCACCAGCGCAGAUGGCAGGCAGACGACCCCACCCACCUGCACCGGCAGAGCCACACCAUAGAUGCCUUCGAGGGGACUUUCUGCAUUUUCCACCUGCCACAACCCCCAGGGGAUGCUGUAGGGGCGCCCAGAGGCCCUGCCCCACCCGACCACCUGGUGGUCACCCCCAUCAGCCAGUUCCCCUCUGCGCUACUCGGCUGGACUGGCUCCAAGCGUUUCGAGCGGGAGCUGCGCCGCUUCAGCUGGAGGGAGAGCGAAGGGCUCUGGCUGAACAGCCAUGGUCUGUUUGAUCCGGGGCAGAAGACGUUUCUCCACGUGGCUUCAGAGGAAGACAUUUUCAGACUCUUGGGCCUUGAGUACCUUCCCCUCCAGCCAAGAAAUGCCUGAUCCUAUUAGCUGGCCCCCACUUCCGCUCUCUGGAAAUGGAGGGUGCCAUGUGAGCCAGACGCUGUGCGUGUUCUGGUCCCUGAAUGUUUCCAGGUGGAAGAUGCACUGCUGCCCCAAGUCCUCACCCCUCCCAAGUGGGAGCCCUGUCUGUGUGGACCACCAGCCCCCCACAUACACCCAGUUCAAGCUGUCAUGAAAUGAGCAUGUGGAACAAACUAAGCUGUAUUUUCUGAACGUGUUGCUGGUGUGGGUGACCGGGGAGCAUGGGCAUUGGUUCUGCCCAGAGGUCUGCUACGGGGUGCUGGUGAGGGUGGGGGAUGUGGACCUAAGACAAAUAGACUUCCAGUUAUUUCUCCAACAAAAAUGGGUUUAUUCAGGAUCAGCAGAGAAUGGGUCUGCAGCCAUGGCAAGCCAUGUGCAAGUCCCCAGCAAAAAUGGAAAGGAAAACGCUCUUACAGAGGGGAAAAGGAAUUUGGGAAGGCUAUAGUAAACAAGAGUCCAUGGCUUUUCAUUGGCCGAGUCCUCGUCAGGAACGAAGAGGAGAUCUUUCUUUCUUUUGGGCUCUGCUACCAUCACAGGGCAUGAGCCCUCCCCCUUCUGGUCUCCCAACUCUUAUUAAUGUUUUUACACUUCCCCUUUCGAUCAAGAUGCAUCUCUGAAAGCAUCACUAAUCUGAGUCAGGCUUUCCAGUUUCAGGGUCUUUCUGUUCCUCAAUACAAGGAAGGACGUUUCCUGGGUGUAGUGUCCCACAUCAGAGGGAAAGUGCACAGAUUGGAGAUCUAUUGAGGUUAUAUUUAAGUAACAAGGAGGGGUAGGAGGGACAACUCUUAGGCACUUUUUAUCUGACGUCCAUGUCUUUUACCAAGAUCCUAAACGGUAGAGAUUAUCUGAAGCCUUAUGUAAUCAAAGGUCUGGUGACAAAAUUCCAACAGGCCUAGUCUGAAUAUCUUUGGAAAGCUGGCUCAUCGGAUGUCGUCUGCUUCAGUUCAGGGAAGUGUUUACUUUCAGGUCACCAGAUGAUUUGCAGGUCCAGACAGGGUUUGGUGCUUUCUUUAGGUGUGUCAUGUGAAUCCAAGAGUUGUAUUCCUUGGAGUUUUGCAGCACAAGGGUUGGUUAGCAGUACCUGAUAGCAGCCUUUCCAGCAAGGUUGAAGAGAGUCCUUCUGGAGGUGUCUUUUCCAAUAGAUGAAACCUGCAGGUUGCAGGGUGUGAUGUUUAAGGUCUUCAUCUCCCAAGAGUGCACUGUGAAAAGGUUGCUUACCAAAACAUGGUUAUUUUUAAUAGAAGCAAUUAGGCCUUUACAGUAUUGGAGUAUCUCUCUUCUUAUUGGUUGUGGGUCAAAAGAGGUAGGAGCUGGGCUUCCCUGGUGGCGCAGUGGUUGGGAGUCCGCCUGCCGAUGCAGGGGACACGGGUUCGUGCCCCGGUCCGGGAAGAUCCCGCAU